AUGUAUCUUGCUUGUGAGAAGAGUGGCCAAUAUAGAGCGACAAAAAAGUUAAAACAUGAUGGCAACAAUACAUCAAGAAUAACCGGUACGGAGAAGUGUGGUUGUCCUUUUGAUAUGAGGGUUCACAGGUUUACCACACGUGAUGAAUGGACAUUGACCGUAGUAUGCGGAUUGCAUAAUUAUCCACUUACGAAGCACCUUAAGGGACAUACAUAUGCGGGGAGGCUAUCAAAGGAUGAGAAAGCAUUGUUAAUAGAUAUGUCAAAGAGCAUGGUUCGGCCAAAAGAAAUUCUAGUAACCUUAAAACAGCGAGAUGCCCUCAAUGUAAGCACACUUAAAACCAUUUACAAUGUACGCCAUCGAAACAGGGUGGUACAGAGAGCUGGAAGAUCACAGAUGCAACACUUAUUGGGUGAAUUGGCCAAGUAUAAUUACAUUGAGCGCCAUCGGUCUGAAGAGUCCACGAUGACUAUGACAGACUUGUUUUGGGCACAUCCUACCAGUUUGGACUUAUUUCGGUCUUUCUCACGUAUAUUAAUUAUGGAUUACACCUAUAAAACCAACAGAUAUCGUCUUCAUCUUCUUGAAAUUGUGGGAGUGACAUCAACUGAAAUGACAUUCUCUGUAGCUUUCGCAUACUUACAGUAUGAGAGGGUCGAUAACUAUGCGUGGGUGCUAGCUACAUUGCGUGAUGGCAUAGAUGGUUUUGUUGUGCCAACAAUUAUUGUUACUGACAGAGAGCUAGCCUUGAUGAAUGCCAUACAGAAGAUAUUCCCGAGUGGCAGGCAUUUAUUAUGUCGUCGGCAUAUCAGUAAGAAUGUAUUGACCAAAUGUAAGAAAAUGUUUGAGACACAGCAGAAAUGGGAGAAGUUCAACCAUGAGUGGAACUCUUUAGUGUAUUCAUCUUCUGAAAUUCAAUACGAUGAGCGUCUUAAAUCAUUACUUAAGGAAUUUAGUAGUUAUCCUGAUACAGUCAAAUACGUCAUGGAUACUUGGUUGGUUCCUUACAAGGACAAAUUUGUGGCGGCAUGGACAGACACGUGUAUGCAUUGUGGCAAUGUUACAACGAUCCGGGCUAAGAGUGCACAUGCAAAACUUAAAAGACAAUUGGGUUCAUGUCAAGUCUCAUUUCAGGCAUCAUUUGAGAAAAUACGCAGUCUGCUUGAGUUGCAACACACUAAUAUCAAGGCUUCAUUUGAGAAAAGUCUAACUAUUGUGCAACAUCAAUUUAAACCUUCUCAGUUCAGGAAGCUACGGGGUAAUGUGUCUAUCUCUGCAUUGGAGUAUUUGCUUGUAGAGAGUAAGAGAGCCAAUUCCAUUGGUAUUGAUGUUGAAGCUUGUGGAUGCGUCCUUCGCCACACUUAUGGUUUACCUUGUGCCCUUGAGAUUGCUGACUACAUCAGAGAAGAUCGUCCUAUACCACUUGCUACCAUACACUUAUAG